GGAGAGUAGCAGAACUUCAGUCAACUUUAUCUCCAUAUGCCCUAGUUUUCUUUCAGGACCGGAGGAGACCUACCAAGAUCGUUGCUGGUAAUGAGCAUUGCUAAUGAUUGCGCUGUGUGCCUCUGUGGGACGCUAAUUCUGAAUGGGUUUCCGGGAGUUCAAGCGGUGUAGGUGUCAGCAGCACCUGUUGUCCUGCUAGCAGCAGGACGCUGCCUCCUCCCUUCCCCCUGGGAUCCUGUGCCAGCUACCUCCUGAGAAAGAAACCGGCAGCCAGAGAGCUAAGGAUGGUUUUUCAGCUGUUCUUUUUUUUGUUCUGAUUAAAGUUCCAGGCAGUAAUUCAUCCAGCAAUUUUCAGCCCUGGAGGAGUACCUGAAUUAGAAGGUUGAGGUUCAGAGUGAAGAUAUCACUAAUGAAGAACUGAUGCACUCUGCUGAAAGAAUUUCCAAAUACUUUCCUUGAAAAAUGGCCUUUCACUACAAUGAUGCCUUUGAGAACCCAGACUACCAUGACUCUGAAACACUGGAGCUUGACCGAGUAAGACCUCGUUGGAGCGCUUCUUUUCAUCGCAAUCCUUAUGAUUCCUCUCCUUACGAUCCCUAUGAUGAUUACAGUGCAGAAGAGCAAAAUUCACCAAUGGAAAUGCCUGUGGACUCUGUGCAGCUUCAAUCUCCAGCUGAAUACAGUCCGAGAGCUUUUGCAUUUGAGACAUCAGAUUCAAAUCCAUAUGGAAAUGCACAUAUUAAUCCUUCAUUUGACUAUGAACCAGAAUUUGCAUACAUGUUACCUACUUCCAGUGAUACCUUUAAUGAUCAUUAUGUACACAGACCUGAUACGCCAGAUGGAGUUAGUAUCAUCCAGCGACGUAGCAGGCAAGAAGUGGAUAUGGCUGUCCUGGCACCUUCUAGUCUGCUUCAGUUGGACCCAGGAUAUAAUGAAGAGAAGCAAAAGCAAGAAGAAAAGCUAAUCCAAAAUCUUGCCAACUUGUCCACCUGGGAAAGAAUAAAAGCAAUCAAGAAGAUCCCAAAAACUAUGAAAGAAAAGAGGGAGAUCAGGAAUCAUGUUCUUAGGGAGAAAACGAAGUCACACAACCAGGAUGCUCAAAUUAACCGUUGUACCCAGUGCUUCUACAACACAUUUUUGUCCUUUCGACGGUUUAAAAAUGGCUUGUUAGAAUGCUUUCAGUUCUUCCAACUUUGGCAGAAGACUCUCAAAGUCAUUGGCGGCAAAUUUGGGACCAGUGUCUGCUCUUACUUUGUUUUCCUUACUUGGCUUCUGAUGUUCAACGUUUUCUCAUUCCUUGUGAACUUCAGCUUUAUCACAGUCCCUCAGCUUAUUGAAGCCAAAGCAGAUAACCUUUCGUUCACGGGGCUGGAGUUUUUCACUGGAGCUGGUUAUUUUAAAGAAACAGUGCUCUAUUAUGGUUUCUAUACCAAUGGGACCAUCUCAAAAACUAAGAGCACCUCUCCGUAUGACAUGCAGUUGGCCUAUAUUUUCACCAUAGGCAUUUAUUUCAUCCUCUGCUUCCUGAGCUUGUUGUACAGCAUGGCAAAGUCCUUCCGCAGGAACUUUAUUAACCCUUCAAUGUACUCUGGGCAUGCUGCCAAGCUUCUUUGCAUCUGGGACUUCAGCAUAACCAAUGAGAAAGCCGUGAAGCUGAAACAGAGAAACCUCAGUACUCAGAUGAAGGAAACGCUCUCCGAAGUGAAUACUGAAGUACUGAAGCUUUCGGUGUGUCAGAAAAUUGCCCAGCUCUCUAUUCAUCUGGCUGCGUGGGUUGUCUCCUUGGGGGCUGCGGCGGCUUCCUGUGCCGGCAUUUACUACUUUUCUACAGCUAACUUAGAACUGUUUCUGAAAGAUGAUAAAACAGAAUUGGAAAGCGAAGCCGUCACGCUAGUCUUGCCAAUUGUCGUUGGCCUGCUCAAUCAUAUGGUGCCUUUCUUCUAUUCUUUUUUCGGUUUUGUUGAAAAAUUCACAUAUCCUAAGUAUCAGAUCUACACAUCUAUUGGCAGGAAUAUCAUUCUGAAAAUGUCAAUAAUUGGGAUCCUCUGCUACUACUGGCUUAACAUUGUGGCUGCGUCAAAGGCGCAGUGCUGGGAAACCCUUGUUGGCCAAGAUAUAUACAAGUUGAUUGUGGUGGAAUUUAUCUGUUGCUUACUGGGUUCUUUCUUUGGUGAAUUUGUACGAAGAAUCAUUGGCACGAAAUGCUGUCAACAACUUGGUGUGCCAGAAUUUGACAUUGCUCGAAAUGUUUUGGAUUUGAUCUAUGCGCAGACUUUGGCAUGGAUCGGCAUUUUCUUCUCACCUCUGAUUCCAGCCAUUCAGAUAAUAUCAUUUUUCAUCAUAUUUUAUGUGAAAAAGGUCAGCCUGAUGAUGAACUGUCAGCCCCCUCGCAAGGCGUGGAGAGCUUCCCAGAUGAACACAGUCUUCAUUUUCUUGCUGUUCUUCCCGUCCUUUACUGGCGUCCUCUCUGUAAUAGCUGUCAUUGUCUGGAGAAUGAAGCCUUCUGAAAUGUGUGGUCCAUUCCGAGGCCUGGAGACAAUCUUUGCAGCCAUUUCUAGCUGGGUAGCAAUCCUGGCCACUUAUCCCGCCUCACUAUGGGUCGUGUGGAUUUAUCACAAUUUAUUUGAAAGUGUGCAUUUCUUCUUCAUCCUUUCGGUCAUCGUGUUAAUUAUCACAUACCUUUACUGGCAGAUAAUAGAUGGACGGAAAAUAAUGGUUAGACUACUACAAGAGCAAAUAAUCAAUGAAGGCAAAGAUAAGAUGUUUCUGCUGAAGAAACUGCGUGCGCUUCAGGCAUCUAGACUCCCAAAUACAGGACAGCAGCAAGAGAGGAACUCCUCUGUGCCCCAGCUGCCUAGACAGCAAAUGCUUCCAUCGUCACCCGACGACAUGGAAAGAUCCCCAGGAAUAAUGGAAAGAGACUCAUAUGUUGAGCCUUCAGAAAUGCCUGAAAUGAACAGCUUCUCCCCACACCCUGCUGAAAUCCCUGGAAUGACCAGCUUCUUCCCUCAGGCUGAAAUGACAAGCUUCUCUCGAGCUGUUCAAAGGGAUCCGCAACCAGCCGGGACUGCUGGUAUUUCUGAUGCUCUGGCUCUUGCUCUGAGAGCCAGGCAAGAAGCUGAAUGGGAAAUGGGUGAAGAAGAUUUUAGAUCAUAAAAGCACAGAAACAGAGGCACAAAAUGCAUCAAGAAGCACUUUGGACACAGCACUGCUAUUUGCACAACUAACUGGGGCGGGGCAGGAAGGGUGUCUCUGUAAGAACUGGUGGAACUCUGAACAUGGGCCAAUGAAGACGGGAUUAAAAAAGAAAGUAUGUUGCAUCAAAAAUUGAACAUUCCCCACUGGUUGCAGUUUUCUUUAUUAUGAUUUUUGAGAAUGCAGUGUAAUAUAUUGAUUGAAAAUCUUUGCCAGUUUUCACCCAUCCUUUUAUAAGUCCAGGAUCUCUUACAUAUUUGAAGAAACAAUAAGACUGAUCACAUUUUGCUUUCUGCACUGGAUCAGUGUCGCUGAUUCCUGGAGAGUUGCCAAGCACAGUUCUGUGAACAUUUGUGAUAACCUUCUCUCUGAGCUAAUGAAUUUUUGCUGUUCUGAUCAGAAUAUUUUUUUUUACUAAGGUUAUACAUGAAUAAUAAUAAUUUUUUAAAAUCCUUGUCUUUUUGUACCAUGUCACAAUUUGGAAAUGUAAAUCUCACUUCAUGUUUAUUUUUUCAUUUCCCUUCAACUUACAUCUUUUGGGGGAGAAUCAUUGUGGAGUUUAUAUCAUUCGCAAAACAGUUGUUUUGUUAAAAUUUUAUCACCAGUGACCUGUUUGGUCUGUGCCUUGACAGCUGCAAUUGUUACUUGGCUGACAAGUACUCAUCAUUUUCCUAUACAUCAGUGGCAGGUCAGUUGUCAGCUGACCCAGCCACUACUCCCAGCCAGGCUGCCCCAUUGACUGCCAACAGAAGGGGGCUGAGAAAUGCCUGUUUGUUGAAAUCACAAUUGCAUCAGCUGUCUAAAUUUUCUUUCUGCACAGCUGUGCAAUUGCUGCACAGCUAUUGCCUCAUGAAAGCCGAUUUCUAAAAUCAAGGUCAUGGAUGUACCAUAAACAUGCCUUUCAGUUCCUCUCCCACUACUGAAAUUCACAGGCGAAAAGGGCAGUUUUAAAUGUGAUUACAGCCAGAUUCUGAACUGACUGGUGGCUUCUUGGGCAGCUGAUGGACAAUCUUUAUUUCAAUUCAACCUUCUCUGGGGACUUCUGCUUGAAAAAAAGUGACUUAAAAUUGACCUUUGUACAUCAUUCUUCCUGGCUGGUCAAGACUUCUUCCUUCUCCUGUGCUUGAGUACUUUCCCCCCUAUUUCCCACACCAUCUGUACAAAAAGGAUGUGGUUUAAGACACUCUAAUGCUGUAAAAUUUGAUACUCUCAGGAUAGUAUUUUGGAUCGAUCCUUUGACUACCAGUGGCAAAGCAGUUUUGAAAUUGGUUAGCCUAAAAUGUUCUGGAAAUAAAUGUGCAAGAAGGACCUGAUUUAAAAACAAACCAACAAAAACUAGAAUCUUGGUCACAGCAGCAGGGUAGCAUGAUUUACACAAAAAAUAAUUUUUGCCUAAGUUUUGUUGUGUGUAUGGACCCUUGAGAUCAAAUAAAAAAAGCUGUCUCUUCAACACUAAA